CUGAAUUAUUGCAGAUAGUUGUAGUUUAAUAUUGUAACAGCACACCACAUGUUAAUGUUAAAACAAAAUAAUGUUCGUCGUUUUGGAAUGGAUAACUUUUCUCUGCUUGGUAUUGCGUGUGGCAGGCGUACCAGGUACUGACUGCACAGUAGACAAUGAUGGUAUAGGGAGAUUAGGACCGCAAUGUGAGUUCAUGUGCUGGUGUAAGGAUCGGGGCGAAUGUGAUCAGACGAGCGGCACGUGUAAGGCGGGAUGCGUUCGGGGCAUGUUUGGGCCUAGGUGCCAGUACCACGAUAUUGCACACGACCAAAAAAAGUACGCGAGGCAUUCGGACAAUUUGAAACAACAUCGGUAUGCUGAACUGGCUGUGGACAACGAUCCCAACACUUGCAGCUCUACAGCCUUUGAAAAUAUAACAAGGACAGAACCACCCUGGUGGCGUAUUUGGUUCCCGUACGAUGUCAGUUUCAAUUACAUCGAAAUGACCACCAAGCAAACUACGCUACGGUACAUGUCUAAUUUUUCUGUAUCAGUUACAAACAUACCUUCGUAUCAAAGUGUAAAUAAAACGUAUUGGCCUCUCGAAGAACACUUUUGUUACCAGUACCAAGGAGAUGGUUUUAUUCUUGAAAAGGAAAGAGAAUACGCCAUCUUCAAGUUCUUUUGUAGACCCCUGUCACUCGGAAACACCAUAAAGAUUACUCUUGGUUCGACUGAAACUCAACUAGAACUUUGUGAUGUCAAUAUAAAGCAAGGAAGAAGUAUUGCACACAGUAAGCAAACUUCAAGCUCACCUGCUAAUAAAGGCAAUGCGAACAAUGCUGUUGACGGUUCACAUGACAAUAAAAAGAAAUCAAGAUGUUUUCGCAGUAUUCAGUCCGAUCCAUGGUGGCAAGUUGAUCUUGGCCGAAUUUCAAUCAUCCGGGAAUUAAGAUUGACACCAUUUCAUGAAGACAUAGAAAAAUCAUUUUCUGGGUACGAAGUUAAUAUAUCAAUAGAAGAAAAUAACUCAACAUGGAAAACAGUGUUCAAGGACGAUGAAUCGGGACAAAUGUAUGUUAACCUUACAGUUGCAGUCAGACAUAUUCGUAUUUACAGACAGGACAAAACAAGGUUAAUAUUAUGCGAGGUGGACGUUUUUGAAGUAUGUGGUUAUCGCCGCUGGGGUGGUUCUUGUGAGAAGGAUUGUUACUGUGGAGAUGAUGCCCCCUGUGACAUGUAUACCGGUGUUUGUCCUGGAACAUCCUGUGAUAACAACAUGUAUGGUCAGCACUGCUCCAGCCCCUGUAGUGAGCACUGCUCUGGUGGCUGUAACAAAGGCAACGGGGCCUGCAGCCCGUGUAAGCUUGGAUAUGAGGGCCACUUUUGCAACGAAUCCUGUCAAGACAACAAAUUUGGUCAGAAUUGUUCCGAAUUAUGUGGCGAUUACUGUCACGGAAUCUGUAACAAGAUAAACGGAACAUGCCCAUGUUUAUCUGGAUAUACGAGACCCUUUUGUAGAGAUCGCUGCGAUGACGGUCGGUUUGGUCAGGAUUGUUCCCAAACCUGCAGCAAGCAAUGUUCCGGAACUUGUCACCAUGCUAAUGGAUUUUGCAGUAAAUGUCUGCCUGGAUAUCAGGGGAAGUUCUGCAAUACAACUUGUGAUGAUAAAACGUACGGCCAAAAUUGUUCAAACAAAUGUAGCGACCACUGCUUUGGACCUUGUGACAAAAUAAGCGGAACCUGCACUGAAUGUGAAUCUGGAUUUGAGGGGCCAUUCUGCAACAAAUCCUGUACAAAGACUAAGUGGGGAAUGAACUGUAAUAAAAGCUGUGGCCAGUGUGCUACUGAAGAAUGCAACCCUUACAACGGCUUCUGUAUAACGGGAUGUAAGGCUGGUUACAAGCCAAACACGUGCCACGAACAUUGUGACAGUGGCUCAUUCGGCGUAAACUGCAGAAACACAUGCAAUCCAAAUUGCCAAGGCCCAUGUAACAAGAUUAAUGGCCAUUGUCUCGACUGUAAAAGCGGAUGGAAUGGUUCUUACUGUGACAAAGAGUGUCCAGGCGGUUACUACGGUUCACGCUGCAUACAUGGUUGUGGAUACUGUUUAAAUGGGACCUGUGACAGGGUAUCGGGCAACUGUUUGACAGGCUGCAAACCUGGAUAUCAACAUACGCCACUAUGUUAUGAUGAGUGUCCCAACGGUACAUUUGGUUUGAAUUGCUCCCAAAACUGUAGUGAGCAUUGUGAACGUACAUGUGACCAUGUGGACGGCAAUUGCUCAUGUCAAAAGGGAUACCAGCUGCCAAUGUGUAUUAAUGAAUGUGAGCUGGGAACAUGGGGGAAAAACUGCAGUCAAACGUGUGGAGGUUGCCAUUCCGAAAACUGUAACAAGACCACUGGCCAGUGCCUAAGUGGAUGUAAACCUGGAUAUAAAAUAACAUCGGACUGCAUGGAAGAAUGUGAUGCCGGUAAAUAUGGUAACAAUUGCGCCGGAACAUGUAGCAAAAAUUGUGAAGAUCCAAAGACCUGUAACAAAACAAAUGGCUUCUGUGCUUCUUGCGAGCCGGGUUGGCGAAGACCAAAGUGUAAUGACAGUUGUCCAGACUUAUGGUAUGGUCAGAAUUGUCAGGAAACGUGUGGAUACUGUGCAGGUGCUACGUGUAAUAAAACGGAUGGUCAUUGUAAUGCAUGCUUACCAGGCUACAAAAAUGAUGAACGAUGCAAAACCGAAUGCGAGGCUGGUAGUCACGGUGUCGACUGCCAGGAGCGGUGUGGAAUGUGCGCCGAAGACAAAGUGUGUCACCCAGGGAAUGGGACCUGUCCACUAGGCUGCAAGACGGGGUUUUCUGGAGAAGGAUGCACACAGAAACUGAAAGCGCCCUCGGAGCCUUAUACAGUGGCUUUAGGUGUAGGUGGUGGGGUAUUGGUCCUCACUAUCAUUGCUGCGGUAGUCGUUGUGCUGGUUAUGAGAAAACGGAAAGCCGCUAAAAGCCAGAAGAACCUUCCAGCAAAUAUAACACAGAAGUCUGCAGAAAUACAACAUCUUGGAACAAGUAAGGCCCCUAAAAAGUCAACUGAUGGUGUUGAAGAGUCAAUGAAGAAACAGGAUAAGAGCCUUCCCGUGGCACCUACGGAAGACCCUAGCGUUGUACAGGAACCCACGUACGGAAACAUGAUGGAUGAAGAGGGACCCCGGAAACCCGUGACCUUGUCUCACCUUCUAAGCUAUAUAGUCACCAAGUCUGCUGACCAAACAUAUUUCAGAAAUGAAUACGCGGCAAUUCCAACCGGCAUGAUUCACCCAGCAACCGCUGCGAGAGACCCGGCGAAUGCUGGCAAGAGUAGAUACAAGAACCUGUAUGCAUACGAUCACUCAAGGGUACAUCUGAAGAAACAGCAAGGAGGAACGGACUAUAUCAACGCUUGUUAUAUUCAGGGAUAUUCCGGAAGGCCAGAGUACAUUGCUUCACAAGGUCCUAUGGACGCUAUGAUCGAAGACUUUAUUCGGAUGAUCUGGGAAAAAGACGUCAUCACGGUCGUUAUGGUGACAAACCUCGUCGAGCUGGGAAAAAUCAAAUGCCUGCAGUAUUGGGGGGAGGUAAAUGUGGAGAAGGAGAUCGGUAUGUUUGUGGUGGUGCUUACGGCAGAGCAGGAGAAAAGCGACUUCGUCGUCAGGGAUCUAAAAGUGUUCAAGAAGACAAAUCGGGACGUUGCACGAAGUGUCCGUCAGUUCCACUACACGGCGUGGCCGGACAAGGAUGUGCCGGACAGCCCCGCCAGCCUGCUUGUGUUCUGGUACACCGUCCGCGCGUACGAUCCCCGACGUGCCGGGCCAUGGCUUGUGCAUUGCAGCGCUGGUGUUGGACGAACGGGGACGUUUAUUGCGAUGGAUAUUCUGCACAGCCAGGGCAACCAGACUGGCGUCAUUGACGUAGUCCAGUGUGUGAACACUCUCAGGGACCAGCGCGUUAAUAUGGUCCAAACGCUAAGUCAGUACAAAUUCCUACACGAGGUUAUGUACGAGGCUCUGGUGCUGUCUUCUUGGCCAGUUCCGGUGGACGAGUUUCCCAAAGAACACCAACGCCUUCUCCAGGUUGACCCCGUCCUCAACAAGACAAACAUUCUUCUAGAGUAUGAGAAUGAGAAGGCAUACCAGACGAUGGUGUUGUCCAAAGUUCGCCUGGACUCGGAUGGUCAAGAGAUUGACGCUUUUCGUUUCGCAAAGCUGCCGGAGAACGUCGGCAAAAACAGAUCGCAGUCCGUACUUGCCCAAAAUAUGUACCGACCUUUCCUUCGCACGCCAGUAAGCGGUCGCAACGACUACAUCAAUGCUGUUUACAUUCCGACGCUGAGUGACCGCUACGCCUUCGUGGUGAGCCAGACACCCCUAGAGUACACGCUAGUGGACUUUUGUCGCCUAAUACACGACCAUAACAUCCGCAUCGUGGUCUCAUUCCCAGACGAAGGAAGAGAACUGGUGGGUAGACUUCCAACCAGCGGCUCAAGCACAAUCGGACCUUUCACAGUUCGUCUUGAGAAGGAGAAAACAUCGGACAGCAUCAUACACAGAAAAUACUCUCUGGCAAACAAAACUGGGGGUAAGAAAGAGUUCUGCCAGCUGGUGUACAAGAAAUGGACGAGGCAACAGGUGGUUCCAUCGGAUCAGAAGACAUUUGUGCAGCUACUACAGGAGGUGGAGACACGUCGAAAGGCGAAUCUAAACAGUCCUGUCCUAAUAACCUGUCUUACGGGAUACGAGCGGAGCGGCCUUGUGGCGGUGUUGUUGACCAUACUGGACACACUGACCAGUACAGGAGCCGUGUCUGUCCCUCUCGUGAUACGACACCUACGGACACGCAGGCAACAACUCAUACCAACUUUCGGACAGUUCCAGUUCUGCCACGAUGUUGCUCUGGACCACGCCAAUACAAGCAAUACAUACGCCAAUGUCUGACCGUGAGAUGGAAUGCAGGAAUUUGAGCGUUAGGGACUGGAUAUAUAUCAAACCUGACAAGCAAUAUUAAAGAACCAUCUAGGAAAAAAAUGAACUUACAUGACGAGCUCUUGUGUGUUACUUUGAGUUGCAUGUUGUUAACAGUAUCAUCAAUUGCUGUUUAUUGGUAGAGCUGGUAUUCUUUAAAUUAGGACUGAGAGUUUAUCCCCAUCACAAACAAAUACACACGCCCACAAACACACCCUCCUCCCAAUUGCGCACCGAAUUACCGGAAUCUAGCGUUCAACAUAUUUUUAACAAAUUUAAGAGUAUGCUAACCAAAUAAUGCGCACCAUAUUGAACCAUUGGGAUUACCGAAUGUUCUUUGAAAGCUUGUUUCUACAUACCAAAAAAUCGGGGUUUCAGCCUCGGUACUCGGAGAAUGCAAAGUGCCAAAACAACAAUGUGUGACAUGCGUUGUCAAAAGUGAUUGUUACUGACACUAUGUUUAACUUUAUAUAUGUAAUGAGUGCGCCCCUGUGUGGAUCAUAAUGUAGACUGUGGUUUUGAAUUAUUACUAUUAUUAAUAAUUGUAUAUUAUAUUAUAGCAUUAUGUUUUUUUUCAUUUAUUUGUAUGUUUAUGUUAGUGUUGCAUUAUAUAUAUUCCAUUUAUUUGUAUAUGUAUAUGUUUAUGUUUAUGUAUAUGCUAUUGUAGCAUUAUAUUUUAUUCCAUCACGGACUGAUAGCCGGAUAACACAGAUAUUAGAAACUUUUUUACAAUUCCACUCGUCUGCGUUUUCAUGUGAAGCAUUUUCAUGUGAAGCAUAAGGCUUGCAACACGUGACACAGAUCUCUUUUAAACUUAAAGGGGCACACUAUAGGGAAGAUGCAAACAAUAUUUUUAUAAUGUAUUGAAUGAACAAAAAAAAAAACCACACAUGAUUUGUGUACAAUAAAAAACUCUAUUUUGGCGCUGUUUUUACCGGGGAAUUCGAAAACCCCAUUUAUAUUAUGUCAUAUAAAAGAAAUUAAGGAUGAAUUUCAUUUUGUUAUAAGAUGUAGUUGUUUCGAUGACCUUCGAUGAAAUUUCAUAAAAAGUAUUUUUAUGUUGAGCCAAGCGUGUUUAAGUUUACUCAACUUGUUAGUAGAAAUAACAAACCAAAUAUUGUAAAUUUAUGUGUGACAUGCGUUGUCAAAAGUGAUUGUUACUGACACUAUGUUUAACUUUAUAUAUGUAAUGAGUGCGCCCCUGUGUGGAUCAUAAUGUAGACUGUGGUUUUGAAUUAUUACUAUUAUUAAUAAUUGUAUAUUAUAUUAUAGCAUUAUGUUUUUUUUCAUUUAUUUGUAUGUUUAUGUUAGUGUUGCAUUAUAUAUAUUCCAUUUAUUUGUAUAUGUAUAUGUUUAUGUUUAUGUAUAUGCUAUUGUAGCAUUAUAUUUUAUUCCAUUCAUUUGUAUAUGUAUUUCGUUUUAACCCUUUAUUUUGUCUUUUUAUAUAUUUUUAUAUUAUGUAGCAUAAGGUGUAUUCCAUUCAUUUGUAUUCGUAUAUGGUCUGUAGUUUUAUGUUUCAUUCCAUUCAUUUGUAUCCAUAUAUGCUAUUGUAGCAUUAGGUUUUAUUCCAUUCAUUUGUGUUCUUAUAUGUUAUUGUAGUAUUAGGUUUUAUUCCAUUCAUUUGUAUUCGUAUAUGUUAUUGUAGCAUUAGGUUUUAUUCCAUUCAUUUGUAUCCGUAUAUGCUAUUGUAGCAUUAGAUUUUAUUCCAUUCAUUUGUAUUCGUAUAUGUUAUUGUAGCAUUAGGUUUUAUUCCAUUCAUUUGUAUUCGUAUAUGCUAUUGUACCAUUUUGUUUUAUUCCAUUCAUUUGUAUCCGUAUAUGCUAUUGUAGCAUUAGGUUUUAUUCCGUUCAAAUGUAUUCGUAUAUGAUAAGAAGCAUUAGGUUUUAUUCCAAUCAUUUGUAUUCGUAUAUGAUAUGUAGUAUUGUGUUUUAUUCUGGUGGUGCUGAUCUGCUUGCAAUCAACAGGAAUUUUCCUUUUGCAAAGUUUGUAUAAGCUUGCUGUAAAAAAACACUAUUUACCACUUU